UGUAAAACAAAACUGUUUAUUCUUAGCUUUGUAAGCAUCGAAAUAAUUGAUUAUACAAAAUGGGUGCUUACUUGUCGCAUCCGAAGACGGAAAAGUCGUCCACGAAUGAAGUGAACGACUUGCUGGCAGUAGGUUCUAGCUCGAUGCAGGGCUGGCGCAACAGUCAAGAGGAUGCGCACAAUUCUAUUUUAAAUUUUGAUAUAAAUACUUCAUUUUUUGCUGUUUAUGAUGGUCAUGGUGGAGCCGAGGUGGCCCAGUACUGUGCAGACAAAUUGCCUGAGUUCCUUAAAAACCUAGAUUCUUACAAAAAAGGUCAGUUCGUACAGGCUCUGAAAGAUGCAUUUUUGGGAUUCGACAAAACAUUGCUUGAUCCACCAGUUGUAACCAUACUAAAAAUACUUGCCGGCGAACACAAUUUUGUCGAUGGUGAAGAUGCCGAAGUGUACGAGGAAGAUGAGGACGAAGAUUUAGCUGAGUUACAUGAGGAGAGCAACUUACCCUUAAACGAAGUACUAGAAAAAUACAAAGGACUUCCACAAACACACGAAUUGGUCAGACUAAAAACCGAAGUGGAGGAAAAUUCAAAAUUGCCAGCGCCUUGUUUGCGUGGUCGCCGCGCUGCAGCAGUGGCUGCCGAAGCUGCGAAUAAGGCUGUAAUGGAUCCUACAGCUAAGCCAGAAGGCUCGUCCACCUCAGCUGCAGCAGCAGCUGCUUCUCUAUCAGAGGUCCCCGGUCCAAGCCCCAGCCAUUCCAAGGCAGCGAAACCUGAAGAUGAAUCAGCAGUGACAAGCAGUAGCAAUUCCAUCGCCAACCAGAGCAUUACAGAUUUAAUAAACAGUGAAACUGACACUGAUAAAACGAAUGGGAGCGGCUCAACUUUAAAGUUUUCAACUGAUCAGAAUGGAAGUGUUAGUUCAUCUAAGGUUUUAAAAGUAGUCGACACUGUACCCAUAGAAUCUGUAGUUUCUGGGUCUACGGACAUCGGUGACGCGAAUGACAAUGGUAGUUUAGUCAGUUCAACAGGAUCCAAACCUGACAUCUCCGUAAUUUCAUCAACCAGCAAGGAAUCUGAGAAAAAUUCAAAGAAACUCAAUGCUACACAAGACGAUGAAUCGACUGACGAUGACGCAGACUACGAUGAAAGUGCUAUAAUCGAGGAACCGGAAGUAGCAACUGCGGAUAGCUCUGAUGAAGAAAUGGACGAUGAGGCUGAAAACGAGGACGAUGAUGAAGAUGACGACGACGAGAUAAGCGAUGAAGAGGAAGCAGAUGAGGAUCAGCUAGCCAAUGAUCAGUUUUGUGCGAAUAUGAUUGAAGAGCCUGGAAAAGACAGUGGAUGUACUGCUGUUGUCUGUUUAUUGCAUGGCCGUGAUCUGUAUGUGGCGAACGCAGGCGACUCAAGGUGUGUUAUAUCACGAAAUGGUAAAACUAUUGAAAUGAGUCUCGACCACAAGCCUGAAGACGAUGAGGAGGCCAUGCGGAUUGUUAAAGCAGGUGGACGUGUUACCCUUGAUGGUCGUGUCAAUGGUGGUCUUAAUUUAUCUCGAGCCCUUGGCGAUCAUGCCUACAAAACAAAUUUGGAACUUCCAGCUGAGGCACAAAUGAUAUCCGCCCUACCAGACGUAAAGAAAUUAAUAAUUACGCCUACCGAUGAGUUUAUGGUGCUGGCAUGCGAUGGUAUAUGGAACUAUAUGUCUAGUGAAGAAGUCGUUGAUUUUGUCCGACUGCGACUAAAAGAUGAAAAUAAGAAAUUAUCUAACAUCUGCGAAGAGCUUUUUGAGAACUGUUUGGCGCCAAAUACUAUGGGAGAUGGAACUGGCUGUGAUAACAUGACCGCCGUAAUUGUCAAGUUUCAGCCUAAACUUCAACAACUUCCGACUUAUAUUAAUCCAGCCGAAACGGAAGAUGUGUCAUUUACCAGAAAGGAAAAUGAACAAUCUGCAGAUGUAAAAAAUGAUAACAUGCUCAAACGGAGUGCUUCGCCAGAUAACGCACCAGAAGCUGAUCUGGAUAAAACAACCAAUAAAUCAAAGCGUUUAAAGACUGAAAGUGAACCAGAAUUGGUAGACUCUCCCGCGGACAAAGUAAGUGGCCCAACAUCAAUCGUAGAACAGAAGGAAUGCCUCAGCGUCAAAGCAGACACCGAAUCUAAUGUCGUCUCAUCGUCUUAAAAACUAUUAUUGGAUUCAAGCAGUAGAAAGUGCACGACUACUAUGAUUAUAAAUAAAACAUUUACUUAUAAAUUUUUUUCAUUCAAACCAAAGCUCUUAGAGUUUGAGCUAAAUACCAAUUGAGAAAAAACAUUUAAAGAUCCUCAACUGCAGGCGUAU